AAGCAUAUGCUUGAAAUGAUUGAAUCAUUUGAAUUUUUAGGUAAGAAACCUAGGACCAAAGCACCCAAGAUUCAGCGACUUGUAACUCCACGUGUCUUGCAACAUAAACGCCGGCGUAUUGCUCUGAAGAAGCAGCGUACUAAGAAAAAUAAGGAAGAGGCUGCAGAAUAUGCUAAACUUUUGGCCAAGAGAAUGAAGGAGGCCAAAGAAAAGCGCCAGGAACAGAUUGCCAAGAGACGUAGGCUGUCCUCUCUGAGAGCAUCUACUUCUAAGUCUGAGUCCAGCCAAAAAUAAGAUUUUUUGAGUUAAAUAAUAAAUAAGACCAUAUUCU